GGCUGGGUCAGGGGAGAACCUGAAGAGUAUGGAAAGGAUCGAUCAGCGAUGCAAAGGGAAUGGAAGAUCGGGUUUAAGGGACAGGGACCGUAGAAUAGACAGGAAAAGCAGAGCAGCAGGUGGGAGUUGGGAGGUGGAGCCGGCUCCAAGAAAGGAAAAAGAUUAAACGAGCUGUGAUGUCAAGUUGAGGAUGAGUGUUAGUUAGGAAUCCUGCAGCAGCCCUUCUAAACUUUUUUUUUGUCCCAGAUACUUGAAUCUACCCAUUCUCUAAAUCCAGUGCAAAACCUGAAGACCGUUCCUGUAAUUUGCAAGAAUUAUAUUAUUAUCACCGGCACGUUUAGUUGAUAUUCUCAUUUUUUUUAUAUACCAGGGAUCCAUUAGGUCACUUCUAGAAAUUUGUUACCAUGAGUGUCGGAUUCAUCGGUGCGGGGCAGCUCGCCUUUUCCUUAGCGAGGGGCUUCACGGCAGCAGGGAUUUUGGCUGCCCACAAGAUAACAGCAAGCUCACCAGACACUGAUCUCCCAACAGUAUCAGGCUUGAGGAAAAUGGGUGUAAAUUUCACCAUAAGCAACAAGGAGACGGUUAAAAACAGUGAUGUCCUGUUUCUAGCAGUGAAACCUCCCAUAAUUCCCUUUAUCUUGGAUGAAAUUGGCUCAGACAUAGAAGAUCGACAUAUUGUAGUCUCGUGUGCUGCUGGUGUCACUAUCAACUCAAUUGAAAAGAAACUUUCUGCCUUCUGCCCCACCCCAAAAGUGAUCAGGUGCAUGACCAAUACACCAGUCAUUGUGCGGGAAGGGGCCACCGUUUAUGCCACAGGCACGCAUGCAGAAGUGGAAGAUGGGAAGCUCUUAGAACAGCUGAUGGCAAGUGUGGGCUUCUGCACUGAAGUGGAAGAAGAUUUGAUAGAUGCUGUGACAGGACUCAGUGGCAGUGGACCUGCUUAUGCAUUCACAGCCCUGGAUGCCCUGGCAGAUGGAGGGGUGAAGAUGGGCCUUCCUCGCAGGCUAGCGGUCCGAUUGGGAGCUCAAGCCUUGUUGGGAGCUGCCAAAAUGCUGUUGGAUUCUGAGCAGCACCCUGGACAGCUUAAGGACAAUGUUUGCUCACCAGGAGGUGCUACCAUCUAUGCUCUCCAUUUCCUAGAGAGUGGUGGUUUCCGCUCACUGCUCAUCAAUGCUGUGGAGGCAUCCUGCAUCAGGACACGGGAACUACAGUGCUUAGCUGACCAGGAGAAAGUCUCCCCAGCUGCCGUUAAGAAAACCUUAAUGGAUAAAGUGAAAUUAGAAUCUUCCUCUGCCAACAAGGUCAGCCUAUUCAACAAGAAUAAUCCUGGCAACAAGAAAUACUGAAGAGACCCAAGCCUUGCCUGAGCCUGUUUUCUUUUUCUUUGAAUGGAAUAUUUAGCACACAUCAUUUUAAAGUGGGGUGUUUUGGGGGGGAGAGGUGUCCUGGACUCAAGAUGCUGAAAGAAAGGCAUUUAAAUUUCCAGAAGUAAUUAUUAAGGUAUAGUAGAUAGGGCAAUGUUCUUGGAGGCUGAGGGGAAAGUAAUUUUUUUCAGCCAGUUCUCUUAGGGAAGAAACUUCAGCAGUCUUGACAGAUGAUUUGUUUACAUUUUUCAUCCAAAUGUUCCUAGUUAAUUUCACAACAGAUUUGCAAAACAGGUGAUCCAGAGAAAUAAUUACAUAGUCAAACAGAAAGCUGUAUCUAAGUAUUUUGAAGUCUUGUUCACUUUCAUUCAUUCAUUCGUUCAUUAUUUCAUUCCUCUCACACACACAUACAAACACACACAUAUACAGGGUAGAAGCAGACUCUUCAGAUCUUUUUUCUGCAAUGUCUCUCAGUUUAAUCAAACAAUUGUCUACUGCUUUUAGAUUUCAUAUAGGUUAUUUGUCUGGGCUAAUACACUGCAAAAAGUAUCUAUAGUAGUCUCUUCUAUAGACUAUGGAAUCUCUUCAUUCCAUAAGAACAUAAGAAUCUGUUUUAAACAGAUCAGUCUGAUUCUCCAUUUGGCCACAUAUUGUGUCUACUCUGACUGGCAGCAACUUUCUAGUUUUUAGCAGAGCUCUUUCUCAUUUCUUGCUACCUAAAUUGGAUUUGCCCAAGAUUUUGAUCUUUCAUUUUCAUGCAGGUAAUGUGUAAACUUUUAAAAGUUUAAGUACAUAAGCUAUAAGAAAUCUCAUCUAGAUUCAGAAUAUGCUAUAACAUAUGUCUGGAAGUUGUUCAGAUUGUGUGGGGAUUAGGUAAAGAUUCCCCUCAUACAUAUGUGCUAGUCGUUCUUGACUCUAGGGAGCGGUGCUCAUCUCUGUUUCAAAGCCGAAGAGCCAGCGCUGUCUGAAGGCAUCUCUGUGGUCAUGUGGCCGGCAUAAUUAAAUGCCAAAGGCACACGGAACGCUGUUACCUUCCCACCAAAGGUGGUCCCUAUUUUUCUACUUGCAUUAUUUAUGUGCUUUCGAACUGCUAGGUUGGCCAAAGCUGGGACAAGUAACGGGAGCUCACCCCAUUACGCAGAACUAGGGAUUCGAAUCGCUGAACUGCUGACCUUUCAAUCAACAAACUCAGUGUUUUAGCCACUGAGCUACCGCAUCCCUGUGUGGGGAUUAUUCAUACAUAAUUUUGAUUUUCACAGUGGAGUAGCUAUUAACACAAGGUACUAACAUUUUGGUACUACAAUCAGAAAUAACAAACCGUACUAUGAUGCAAGAAUGAGUAACAAUUAGAUGCAUUAGUGAUCUAAUCAUGAAUUUAUUGGAUUUAUUCACAGCAUUCCUCUAAUAGAUAAGGACUAAGACUUGAAGCUUGCCUAAGGCUGCAAAAUGAAAAAAAAAAAAAAAGUUGUGAAGAUGUACCUUCUAAGUAGACCUGAAAUCUAAGAACUUAUUAUAGUGAGGUGCAGAGAAGUCAGUUUUCUUAUUUCUUUUAAGGCUAGAGUCUUGCUUUGCUAAAAUGCUCCCUGCCCUUUCUAGGACAUUGAUAUUGUUGUGUUAUAUAUUGCUUCUGGGUAAAAUAUUUUUCUGCUGAGAAAAGCAGAACUUAGCCUUUAUCUGUAGAACUUAAGUCUUUUUAUAUCCUGGAGGCAGACAUGUGUUCUGAACUAAUUGGGAGCUUCAGCAUGCAGGUUCUGCUAAAGUGCCCAAAGACUGAGAAGAUGUAGGUGGUGAUUGUCCCCACAAAAAGAUCAAGGGCAGAGCAAUUCUGUACUACUACACAAUUGUCCCCUUCCUGCCUUAGUCUUAUUCUAGUCUUUUCUUGUCACUUUUUCCUAUUUUCUAGAAUACACAUAACAGGAGCAGUGGCUUUUAUUUUGUGAAUGAGCCAAACUAUUGACUCAUUCUUUCCCAUAUUUAAACCUAUAAGGAAAAGCUCAGAAACAACCAUUCUGUCUUUAAACAAACCACACUUCUUGUUACAUCUGAACUCAGGAAACUUCUUAAAUAAUAAAGUGACAAUGAUCUAGAGUUAAACUAUAUCCAAAGGAAUAUGAAGCAGGAUUCUCCUGAGGUGAAGCUUUAGUUUAUUUUUAUAUGACUACCCAAAUGGUCAAAGAAUUAGAGGAAAAAAUGUUUUUGCUCUAGGUACUUGCUGCAAUUUGUAGAUACUAUUUUUCGGGAAAUCUUUAUGGAACAUCGAUAGUCUGUAUUCUUCAAUUUAAAAUUACGUUUCACUACUUCUGUAUCCUGAUUGCAUUAAAGUAAGUGUGUGAAACCUCA